GAUUUCUGGUCUCUAGCUUCCUAUCCACAUUUGUAAACAUUCUCUCACCGAGUCAUUCAGAGCAGUUCUUGAGUUAUUUUAUCGCUGAAAAUAUCCCUUCUCCGUUGAACAUUAUCAUUUACUUCAUUUAAAUACUUAAAAACAGGGAGGCUGACUGCAACCUAAGCUGAAGGAAAAUAUCCUGCACAUUCUCUUUAAUCGCAUGUGUCUUGGCUUCUUCACUAAAGUGAGUGAAUUGAUCUUUGUCAAGUCUGGCGAUCUGCUUCUGUCUCACGCAGUGAAAGUGAAGGUUCUGAAUUGCCAGUGCUUGUGACACAAAGUUUGUGGUACAAAGAUGCCAAAUAAUCCUCAGCAAAGAAUCCCCAUCAACAGUCAUGAUAUUCCUGUCGCCGAUCGUUUAUCCAGACGGAUUGUUCUUCUGGGUAAAACUGGUGUUGGGAAGAGUGCAGCUGGAAACACAAUACUGGGACAGAAGGUGUUCAGAUCUGUCAUGGGAAUGAACGCAGUAACCAGUGAAUGUUCAGAGGAGCAUGGCAUUGUUUCAGGCAGAUCUGUGUCUGUAGUUGAUACUCCUGGAUUCUUUGACACACAGAAGAAACCUGAUGAGUUAAUAACAGAGAUAGGCAGAAGUGUUUAUUUAUCCAGUCCAGGACCGCAUGCAUGUCUCAUUGUGUUUAGAGUAGGUGACAGAUUCACUGAACAGGAGCAGGAGAUUCCUCAGAAGAUUGAGACGUUGUUUGGUCAGGAGGUGUUAAAAUACUCCAUCAUUCUCUUCACUCGUGGAGAUCAGCUAGAAGACAGGACCGUAGAGGAGCUCAUUGAGGAGAACGGAGAUUUAAGACGUCUAGUUGAUCAGUGUGGUGGCAGAUAUCACGUCUUCAACAAUAAAGAUAAUAAUAACAGAGAGCAGGUGAAUGAUCUACUGCAGAAGAUUGAUGCAAUGAUAGAGUUGAAUGGAGGAGGACACUACAGUAAUCAGAUGUAUGAAGAUGCUCAGAGAUUUAGACAAGAGGAAGAAGAGAGGAAACAGAGAGAGACAAAGAGGACAGAUGAGAGAGUGAGAAGGGAGACAGAGGAGAGAGUCAGACCAAAGUACGAAGGUCAACCAGAACAAAUCAGCGGAUUUCAGCGGUUUUUAUCCAAGUAUAAGCAUCCUCUUUUUAUGGCAGCCAUGGCAGCUGGUUUUGUAUUUGGUGGAGCUGCUGUUGGUGCCGCUGUUGGUGGAGCUGUUGGUGGAGCUGUUGGUGGAGCUUUUGGUGGAGCUGUUGGUGCCGCUGUUGUUUAUGGAGAUGUUGGUGGAGCCGUAGUUGGUUGAGCUUCUAGUGGAGAUUUUUAAGGAGUUGCUGGAGCUUAUUUUUAAAAUUCAACUUAUUCUCAACAUUUAAAAAAAAUAUGACUGUUGGAUUCAGUGUCUUUAACGUCACAGUUGAUAAAUGUAUUUAAGUUCAGUUGAAGUCAGAUUCAUUUCUUUAUUUUGAUCAUCUCAAUGGUUUUUGUCUCCUGCUUUUCCUUAGGCUGUAAGAACUUUGGGAGUGUAGGUGACUAAUUUUGAAUAUCAUUAAAGAGAAAUCGGAUAUAGAAACUUUGUACUGAUUUGUAUUUGAUUUCACUAAUAACUUAAUUAUUAAUUAUAAUUAUUUGAUUAACACAAUUUCUACUAUCCACUUUUGUUCUUAUCAAGAAUGUGUCUGAAUGUAUUCCAUCAAUUAAUGUAUUCCAGUUUAUGAAUAAUUUCUGUAACUGUCACAUGAUGUUUCUUUGGCUUUUAAAAUAAAAAAUAGCCUUCUCUGUUUAUUAGUGG